AUGCAGGGGAAGGAAAUGAACAAAUCCCGCCCCGUAAGCGGCAGGCAUAGUUUUGCCUCCUCCCUGCCUGAGCACCCGGAAAAGAGGAUGGCAAAUUUGGACACCUACCUGCGGCAGCCCUGGCGCACCGUGCAUGGCAUCCCCAUGGUCAGCGCCUUCGCCCACAACUGGGAACGGGUUGACAAUUUCCAGGCCUGCCCCGAGGACAUCAUGGUGGUCAGCUUCCCCAAGUCUGGCACCACUUGGGUCAGUGAGAUUGUGGACAUGGUCCUGAAAGGCGGCAACCCAGAAAAAUGCAAGCAGGAUGACAUUGUGAACCGGGUGCCCAUGAUGGAAUUUGCUGCCCCUGGGAAGAUGGCAGCAGGCACAGAGCAGCUGGAAGCCAUGCCAUCCCCUCGCAUCAUCAAGACACACAUCCCAGCUCACAUCUUGCCUAAAUCCUUCUGGGAAAACCGCUGCAAGAUGAUCUAUGUGGGGCGCAAUGCCAAGGACGUGGCUGUCUCCUACUACUACUUUGAUUUAAUGAACAAGUUCCACCCGAACCCCGGGACAUGGGCCCAGUACCUGGAGGAGUUCAUGGCUGGCAGAGGUGGGACAGGACAUUCCUGGGUGUGUGCAAGGGACCCUGCAGAGGGCUGUCAGUGGCUGCUGGUUUCUCCCUGCACUUGCUCCUCCCUCCCUGCAGCUGCUGGGCUGGCAAACAUUACUGCCCUCAGUGCCCUGCCUCUUUCCUUCUCCUUCCCGUAA